AAGAACUUAAUUAAUUAUUGAUCCUUUAAAACAAACGUAUGUGCAAUCAGAAAUAGCCAUGGAGAAUAACACACGUUUUUAGAUGGACCAAUUUUAUGAAAUUCAAGGCUAAUAAUUUAAUGUUCUGCUUUUUCUUUUGGCUUCUCCUUUUAGUUUUUGCUAUAGCAGAUCAUCUGCUUUUAUUUCACCCUAUCACUUUUAUCCCCCUUAAUCACACCAUCAGCCACUGUCAUCAGUAAAUGUCAUUUUGUGAAGUCACCGUCAAUAAUAGAAACAGUGUAUCCCCACCAGUAUAAAUAUCUAAUCAGCUUACAUCUAAUAAGUAUCCACAGAAGGUGUAUUGUAUUGAAUCUUUAUUUUGAACAUGUUAAAAUAUAGGAAGAAGCAUAAUCUUAUUUAAUCCCACACCCUUUCCACUAUUUAGUAAUUAAUAGUCUACACUUUUUCUUCCUGUUUAUACCCUGUCCAUCAGAAAUUCUUCAUUACAAUAACAUUACAUGUUACAUAUGUUUUUUCUUUAUUUAUUCAAAUUUAUAUUUUUAAAUUUAUACUUUAAAUAUAUACUUAUAUAAACAUACCUGUGCACCUACACAUAUAUACGCAUCACUGUUGUGAGAACACCCGAUCAGAGCCCUACCUCCUUCCUGUACUUUGCAAAAACCACAAUUUUGAACCGCUUUUUAAACUGAGUCAUGCUGGGACAUUGCUUCAGUUCUCCACUUAGUCUAUUCCACAGCUUAACUCCACACACAGAGAUGCCAAGACUUUUUAGUGUUGUACGGAUUCAGGGAUGUUUUAAAUUUAUUCCCCCUUCAAACUGUAUCCCCGUUUCCUUUUAGAAAACAAUUUUAGAAUAUUGUAAGGAAGUGGGUUGUUUAUUGCUUUAUACAUAAUUUGUGCAGUGAGAAAAUGAACCAGGUCUGUGAAUUUUGGUAUUUUUGAUUUUAAGAAUAGCAGAUUUGUAUGAUCUCUGUAGCCAGUUUUAUGGAUUAUCCUUAUGGACCUUUUUUGCAAUAUGAAGACUGAUGAUAGCGAACAUUUAUAAGUAUUGCCCCAAACCUCUACACUGUAAUGCAAAUACGGUGAAAUCAGUGAACAAUAGAGAAUGUGGAGUGAUUUGUGGUCCAGAUGUGUUUUACUCAUGGUGAUAUAUCAUAUGUGUGUAUUUUGUGAGAAUUUCAAAAGAGGUUUCAACAGGUAUUAUUCACUAAUUUAAAGUUAGACUGAUUUUCAGCCUGUUUCCUUGGAUUGUUUGUUCAUCUUUCCAUGUCAACUGCCACACUGUUCUGGUGGUAGUAACCAUUAUCAUCCACCUGAUGGCCUUGUUGAUCACCCUUUCUGCACUCCUGUGCUAGUUUAGUGGUUGGCUGGAUGGUUGUGGAUUUGGACGCUCCAUGUGUCACUCUUCUGAUCAUCAUCACACAGCUAUUUCUGCAGAUUUUGUUUAUUAUUUUACACACUGUAAAUGUGUAGUAGCCAAAUAAACCUCAUACCGUAUUCAUCCAAGAUCAUUUCACAAAGUAAACGCCAAAGUUUAAAAGUAUUUUUAAAAAUAAAUUUUAUUUGAAAAAGCUGAGGCAAAAGAAUGUAAACCAAAGUCACCCCUGCCAACAGCAGCAUUAAACAUAAGCGCUCACAUACCUCUAAAAGUUUAAAGUUCAGUGUGUUGCUCAUGGUGCCAACAGAUGAACUGAAAGUUAACAAUGGGUUCUUAUCAGGGGAAAAAGAUACAUUCAAAAUGGUAUCUGCGUUGCAAUAAGUAAAGCCAAAGGUUAAAAUAUCAAUACUACAGUCUAAAUAUCAGGAGAGCAAAUCAAUAUGCUUUCAGAUGUGUGAUUAUACUUGCAUCAGGGCACUUAUCUGGUUAUUUUGAAACAUGUGCCCUCCAUUCAAAAACAAACAAAAAUUACUAUUAAUUGUCCACGAACAAAUAUUGAAUAUAUAUUUGAGUUUGUUUCUGUGAAACCUGUGUAAUUGUAACUAAUACUGUCAAAUGAAAUUAACCAGAAUAAAUGAUCGAAAUAUAUUUAACCGGAGACAUUAUAUGAGAGGGAUGUCACUAAAGUAACUGAAAUACAAGGGAAAACACUGCAAUAGCAAAUGUGGUAGAAUUAGGCUAUAACUUUUAGAGAGAAAGCGUUUUAAACCUUAAUUUUGUCUCAAAGCCAGCAAAUUAUUUUGUGGAUUUUGUGAUAGAUUGGACUGGUAGCUACGCCUUCAGUUUUGGUUAAAAAUAACAAGUCAGAUAACUGCUUUGGGGUAGGCCUAUUUCAAGACGACUGCCCACUGGCAAGAAGCUUUGAGGUAACUGUUGUUGCGAUUUACAUAAAACUGAAUUGAAAGAUUUUAGAUUAAACGAGUGAAACUAGUCAACGUACUGAGGGAUGUGUACAGGUAGCGCACUGAAUCAUGGGUAAACUAUUGAAACGUCAAGUAAUGCCUUAACUGCAAGGGCACAUAUUUUAUUCGUAAGACGUAUUAAUUCAUUAAUAAACAUAUAUCUUUAAAAGCAAGGUUUUGUGAAACUUUUUGUAUCUUUGUGUUUAAACGUAACGUGUUUCCUAUGUGUCCUCCGUUUUGAUUUUUUGCCGGUGACCUAUCUUCACCGCUUUAGUAUGUCCGGUUCCCGUCAUAGUAUUGCUGUUGCUGCUGAAGUUACCAUUAGCAACUGGGCAGCGCCCGGCUCGACACCUUCCGACGUCGCUGAUGUUGUGCUGCCAAAUACAGUAGGCUAACUCAGCAGCACAGGCCUUGAAAAGCUAGUGGAUGAUUUGCUGUUGAGGUGCUGGAACGACUGGCGAUGGUUCACACAUAGGGUCCCACUGAGCAGCUCUACCAUGCUGCCGGGAGUCGGUGUGUUUGGCACGGGGAGCACGGCCCGAGUGCUGGUCCCACUGCUAAAAGCUGAAGGCUUUGAGGUUCAUGCACUCUGGGGGCGAAGUGAAGAGGAAGCAUGCUGCUUGGCAAAGGAGCUCGGCAUCCCGUUUCACACCAGCCGAUCUGACGACGUCUUGCUGCAUCAGGAUGUUGACCUUGUCUGCAUCUAUAUUCCACCAUCCAUGACAAGGCAGAUAGCAGUCAAGGCACUGGGUAUCGGUAAGAAUGUCGUGUGUGAGAAAGCUGCAACUGCUGUGGAUUCAUUCAAGAUGGUCACUGCAGCCAGAUACUACCCACAGCUGCUCAGCAUUAUGGGUAACACCCUGCGCUUCCUGCCAGCUUUUGUUGCAAUGCGCCAGCUGCUGGUGGAGGGAUAUGUGGGCGAACUGCAGGUGUGCGAUGUUCGAGUCUAUGGUCCAAGCCUGCUGGACCAGUCGUACGGCUGGACCUGCGAGGAGCUGAUGGGAGGAGGCGGUCUUCACACCGUCGGCUCCGCCAUCAUCGACCUUUUGAGUUACCUGACAGGCACUCGGGCACACCGCGUGCACGGUUUACUGCGGACCUUUGUGCAGCAAAACGGUUUGAUCCGAGGGAUCCGCCGCGUGACCAGCGACGACUUCUGUUUCUUCCAAAUGUUGAUGGGUGGGACAGGGUCCAGUGGUGUCUGCUGCACUGUGACCCUAAACUUCAACAUGCCGGGGUCGUUUGUACAUGAGGUUAUGGUAGUUGGAUCCACUGGGAGAUUAAUUGCCAGAGGGACAGAACUGUAUGGGCAACGCAACGGGAGUAAAAGCGAGGAGCUGUUGGUAGGCGACAGCGGUUGGGUGGGACCAGAGGUAAAAGAAAUGCCCCUGCCUCUCCUGCAGGGCCUGAGCUCCAUGGUGAAGGCGCUAAGGCAGUCUUUUCAGGCUCAGGAGGAGCGCCGGUGUUGGGCACGGGGACCAGUCGCCACUGCACCAACGUUUGAGGACGGUCUGUACGUGCAGACGGUGGUGGAGGCGGUGAAGCGGUCCAGCAGCAGCGGAGAAUGGGAGUGUGUUGAGAUCAUGAGUCAUGAACCUGAUCCAAACCAGAACCUGUGUGAGGCUCUCCAGAGAAACAAAAACUAGAUCUGUUUAUUCACCCAGUGCGACUACUGCAUGUCUGACAAAACGGAGCUCUGAAUGUUUCAAGUCCGCUGCUUCGACCUUAUAUGUGACACAUGACUACUUGGCUUUUUUUUUUUUUAACACUCUUGUCACAAUUUGAACAUAAUUUUUUGUAUUUGAACGAAUAGGACUGCGUUGUGAAUGCUUGAACCCUCACAUAUGUGAUUUGUUUGUACACUAAAAUUUGUAAACCACAGCUCUAUUAUUCUGAUUCUCACCAGAAAACAUUACCAUAGCUGUAAAGCUCAUUUAAACGUGUUAAAAGCUACUUGUGCCCCACUGGCAGACACCUUACGCUGUCUUUAUUCUCAUGAAGAUGUGGAGUCAUGAUUUCAGAUUUUUGGCUAAAAAAGGAUCUACACCUACAUUAGUUGUUAGCCAAUAGUAGAUUUUAAUUUUAAAAAAUGGUUUUAGGUUGUUGUUGGGGUUUUUUCCCCAACUUAUAAGCAGUUUCUUUUGAUUUAUUAAUAUAGAUAGAAAAAAAUUAUGAACUCUGAAUAAGUGCAUUACCCCUGAACUUCCCUUUUUUUCUGGUUAUUGUUUGUUUGUGUUUUCUUUUCUUUUAAAGUUUGGGUAUCACCGGAGAGUUUGAGCUGAGUCCAAUAUUUCCCUAUGACCACCAGCUGGCUCGCUGGCUAAUAAACCAUGUGCCAGCAGGAACAGUUCAUUGAACUCUGCAAGAAGUCAGUGGUUUCAGGACAGAUUGAAAAGAGUGUCUCAGUCAUAUCUGAGUUUGUUUUGGCCCACUGAUAACGUGGGAGGGAUUAAUGGGUACAGUAUGCCUGUUUUAUCUGAAUUAAUAGUCUCAGCUUGUAUAUACACCCUUUUUGAUGGUACAGCAGAAUUUUAGAAUUCAUAGAUAGUUAUUUUGUUGAGCCUUCAGCUCUGGGUCAAGGAUCCUUUCCCCCACUUUGCAAAUCCUGGUCUGUAAGUGUCAGCACAUUGGUUGCAGUUCACCAGCUGACUGACGCCUGUGCUAAAAGUUUUGUACUGUAGCUACAGAAAGAUUUGUCCAAUUUUUCAGGCGAUUAAUAAUGCUGUGUAUUACUAUAGGGAAACUGGAACACCAUGUGAUUCUCUACUGUAGAUAAAAUUUAGACUUUAAUAUGUUUGAAUGGAAAUAUAUUGGUGUUAAUGUACACUUUUAGCACUUUUAGCACCUUUUUAUAAAAGAGGGAGUGUUUACCUCAGCCAUGAAUGUGACCAUCACAGCAGCCGGGUGAUUUGACUAACAAAUGACCCGUUGUGAUUCUGGUAGAACUCAAAUUAGAGCAAGUAUAAUGGAGCUGUGUUCAGUUUACUUUCUAUUUUAUUUUUCACCAUGUAAUAAGCAUAUUUUAGACAUUUGCAAAAAGAGGCUUAAUAAUGUGUUUGUUACAAAAUGGCCAUGACUUACAUGAUACCAGGGAUUGAGUAAAAUAAGCUAUGUAGAGAAUAAAAUAACAGUCUGUAGCAAUGCCCCUGAAUUCCCCACUGUAAAUGUAUACUGAACUCUAUUACUCCUGUAAGCUGGAGAAGAGGAUGUAGAAAGUGUGCAGUUCCCUGCUGCACAGACAGAGCAGCAGUCACGGUUUUACCAAAGUACAUUAUAAAAUUUCAAAAUAAAAGCUCUACUUUAGGAUGGAUGAUUCAGCCAUGUCCUGUUGGAUAACUGGAUUAUGCCUCAGGGAGUUUUUAGUGCAUACGCUUAGCACCUGUUUUUCCAUUUUACACUGAUCGUAUUCCAUAAGGAUGUAGACCUUUCACCAUUUUAAACUGGUAUUUCCAGUUUAUUGUGAUGUGCAUUUUCAUAGACAGUAUAAAAGAUGAACGAAGCUUUCAAGUCUAAAAAUUGAAGCCAGCCUGGAAGUGCCAUAAACUGAAUUCUUUUUAAAGGCAAAACCUGCAAUACUGUGGGGGGAAUGACCAUUGAAUUUGACCUGUGUAAACACUCUCCUGCUGAGUCACUCAUUUUGGGUCACGCUAAAUAAAUGAUUAAGUCUGUUUUCUAAAUUGGUGGUCAUUUGUGUCAGAUAAAAAGAUUUUUGAGGUUAUGCUGGUUAGCUAGCAGCUUGUGAUUGGCAAGUUGUUAUGAGCAUCACAGUAGCUAUGUCCAUUUUUUUAUACUGUCCAUGGAUUUAUCAAAUAGAUUAUAAGAUGACAACAACAUUGGAAAUAAAAGCUAGGAUGCUUAGGGGGAGUCAUUCCCACAUGCUCUGUUUGUUUGUUUGUUUGUUUCAGUUUUCUUCUGUGAUGUUUUGGCCAAACAAUGACUGCUGAGAUCAAACAUCAGUGGAUUAUUUGGAUUGUGUCUCAGGGAGUGUUUUGGAGAUGUUCUUGGCACCUGAUUUCCACUUCACACUGAUCAUAAUCUAUUUAACCGGAGAGUUUCUACCAGCCUUCAGGUUGCAAAGCAGAAGAUUAAAGUAGCAGCCGGCUCUUCUUAGCAUUCACAGGGUUUAGUGAUAAACUCUGAGAUUUAUUUGAUUCAAAGCCUGAGUGGUUUUAAAGUUUGUGUUAAAGGUGUGUUUACAUUUGUUAAGCACUGAAGUAAAUUGUAGAUUUUUUUUUUUUUUUGUAAACACAUGGGGUCACCAGUCGUUCAGAAACUGUAUGUAUAUUGAGUGGAACCACUGGAUUUGAUGUGUGUGAGAGUGUAAAUGUGCUCCGAGCCAGACAAGCUUCACAGGUGUUGUAGUCGCUCACUGCUUCUUACUUCUUACUUCUGCUGACUAUCCUAACAAAUCGUGGCUUCACUGUUGCUAACGCUGGUGUGGCAGGAAGUGACACGGUGUGUGUACUGCUUUGGUCCGGCGUGUCUGUCCCCUCCUUCAACACCACACAGGAUCUGCAGAUAUAAACAAAUGCCCGUUACACUCUUACUUCAUUCUGUCCCAACAGUGCUUUACAAAAACAGGAAGUUGAGUUUACAUUAAGUGUCUUUAUAAAACACAAAGCAUGUCACGUUUGCCUGCAGGAUGUUCCAUAAUCUGACACUACUAAAAUACAUUCCAGCAUUCAUCAUCAUCUUCUUGUCUACAGUUGUUUUGUUGUUUUUGCACUGAGAAUGACAUGAUGCCACAUAUUUAAUAAACAGCGUGAUGCUUGUAGCGUCCAGCCAGCUCGCUGAGGAACACUUUUUGUAUUUAUUUGUAAGCUCAAGUGGAGAAAGUUUGCCAUUUUUUUGUGUUUUCAGCCUGUGAACUUCUUUUUAAACCUGUUUGAACUUUUGUGGAUUUUUAAGCACUAAUGUGUUGCUUUAAAGUAGGGAAACUGUAGUGCUCAUCCGCUUGACGGAUAUUUCCUUUAAUAAAAACGGCUGCCUUUGUUUAA